AUGGCAACCAACGGCCCCAACGGAGUCAAUGACUCACGGCCAAUCUUUUUCUUUGAUAUUGACAAUUGUCUCUAUUCUAAAGCGUACCUCCCCGCAGCUUGCAACAUCCACGAUGAAAUGCAGGCACUGAUCAAUAAAUUUUUUGUCAAACAUCUCGACCUUAACUCGGAAGAUGCCCAUAUGCUGCAUCAGAAGUACUACAAGGAGUAUGGAUUAGCCAUUGAAGGCCUUACUCGCCACCACAAAAUCGACCCCCUUGAGUUUAAUCGCGAGGUUGAUGAUGCUCUACCUCUUGAUAAUAUCCUCAAACCUGAUCCCAAGCUGCGCAAACUGUUGGAGAGCCUGGACACAAAAAAGGUGAAGCCAUGGCUGCUCACAAACGCCUAUGUUAACCAUGCAAAGCGUGUGGUGAAGUUACUCGGUAUUGAGGAUCUGUUCGAAGGUGUUACUUAUUGUGACUAUGGAACUUUGCCCUUGGUCUGCAAACCUAGUCAAGAUAUGUACGCUAAAGCGGAGAAGGAAGCUGGGGCUCCUAGCACAGAUCAGUGCUAUUUUGUUGAUGAUUCCCAUUUGAAUUGUGUACAUGCCCAUGCUCGAGGAUGGACGGUGGCUCACCUCGUCGAACCUGGUAUCCCCAUACCACACAAGCAGGCCUCAAAGUACAUGAUAUCUAACCUCGAAGAGCUUCGAGCGCUUUUCCCCCACGCAUUUAAACAGCAACUCGAAAGCGGUGGUGCUUAG